AUGAAUAAUUACCAUUUGGAUUAUUAUAUUGUAUAGGAAAUAAAUCUAAAGUUGAUGGUAGUUUAAGGAAAAUUUGCAUAUUAUAGUGCUGAAUUAUUUUUGAAUAUUUUAGAAAAACAUCUAUAAAGAAUUGAAUUCAUUAAACUAUUUGCAGAUCUUGAUAAUGAGGAAUACAAAUUGCUUUAAUUAUCUACUCAUGUAUUAACUGAUAAAAAAUUAUAAGAUAAAGGACUUAUUGCUUUUAAAAUAAUUAAGUACUUAAAAGAUGAAAGGCCUCAUUUUAAUCCUGACUGCAUUCUUGAAAUUAAAAAACUCAAGGAAUAAUUUGAGAAUUGGUAUAAGAGUGUGAGAGUUUAAUAGAUUUAAGAGCGAAUCCAAUAAACUACAUGGAAAGAAUCUGAUUAAGGACUUCCAGAAAAUCUGAAUUUAUAAAGAGAGUAAAAUAAAAGAUAAAAUAAAUUAGAACAUAUUACUUUAUAAUGGGAUGGAAAUCCAAUUAAAACUUUUUAUCCUUUUAUUCCUUAAUUGAGAACUACUAAAUCUAAUAAAAAUAGAAUAAAUUAAAUAAUAAAUUAAAAAUUUGGAUAAAGUUAUUGUUAAAAUUCAUUUUGAUUCUCCAUAAUUUUAUGCUUAAUAUUCUUAAAAAUAAUAUAAUCAUAAAUUACAAAAUAAUAUAUGAUUAUGCUCUUAUAAUAAAAUAUAGAAUGAAUAAGAAUAUUGUAUACUAUUUUAUUGAUGAUUUCUUUUGUAUUAAUUAAGGAAUUUUAUAAAUUCAUAAUGAAUUCAUUUCUAAAGAAUUUAAGAUCAAAUAAAGAGAAAAAAGUCAUUAGCAUCAAAUGAUAAGUCAAAUUUACCUAUGUAAGUUGAUUAAAUCUUGA